ACAACUCUGUCCAAACGGUUUUAAAACCAGCUGAGUUCGAUCUGUGGAGCUUUACUGAACCAGGACAACAUGAGGUGACAGAAAAUGUCAACGAACAGCAGCCGAGUUUCAAUAAGACGUGGAGAAUGUCUCAGACUGGAGUUAUACUGGAUUCACUGGAUUACACGUCCCAUCAGUACUGCGAACACCUGCAGACAGUCACAGGACACACUGGGAGGAAACCCAGAACACACUGGGGUUAAACCCAGCACUUCCUGUGAGACGCCACCCCCCACUGGACAUGUUGAAAAAUAAUGAAGCGUCUGUCUGUGUCUAUUUGCCCACCAUGGCCCCCAAGAAACAGGAAAUAAAAAAAGAGGACAUCAAAAUGUCUCCAGAACAUGAAACAGCUAAAGAUGUGGAUUUUGACCCACACAACAUCAAGAUUGAGUUCAGCAGCGAUCAGAUUGAAGAGUUUAAAGAAGCGUUCCAGCUGUUCGACAGGACCGCAGACAGUCAGAUGAAGAUCUCUUUCUCUCAGUGUGGAGACGUCAUGAGAGCUCUCGGACAAAAUCCGACCAAUGCACAAGUCCUGCGAGUGCUGGGACGACCCAAAGCUGAGG